GCCGAUAAGACUAGAAUCUUUAUAUACACAUGCAGUUCACAGCGAGGUAGUCAACACCGAAAACCAUUCAUUGAGGUAUGUCAAAAACAACAUUAAGGAUAGGCUUUGUGGGAGCCGGUAAUGUCAAUUUUGGACGGUGGCACGUGCCCUGGGACCACGCCUCCCGUCUUGAACGUCUUGGUGGAAUACAAGUAAUAGGAAUCGUCGAUCCGGACACGGAGAAAGCGGAAGAGAGGCUGCAGACACGGUUAACGUCACAACAUGGCCACCUCUACAAGGACUGUCGGGUAAUGGCCGACUUGUCUAAUCUCAUCGCCAUGAAUCCAGACGCUGUUUUCAUAGGAGUUCCUCCGAUGGCACGGGGCUCUCUCGAGCCCAAAAAGGAUCUAGAACUGCAGUGCGUAAGGGCAGGCAUCCACGUAUUCAUGGAGAAACCCAUGUCGGUUCUGCCACUUGACGACUUCCGGUUCUACGCUGCGGCUGUGCAGAAGGCUGUGGUGGAAUCCAAGGUGGUCCUUUCUGUGGGAUACAUGUUCAGAUACCACGCUGCAGUUAUUAAAAUGAAAGAAUUAAUGAGAGAACACGGAGGUAAGGUAAUGGCCUUCAACGCACGUUAUUACUUCGCCUACACUGAAAUGACCAAUAAGUAUUGGUAUAACGCUGACCUCAGUGGCGGCCCAAUAGUUGAGCAGGCCACACACUUCUGUGACCUGGCCAGGCACAUUGUCGGAGACGUUGAUUUAUCGACUGUACACACUCUCAUGCUUGACGCAGAUGACCGGAGUGGAGCCGGAAACAUCGCGCAUGUCCCGCUAGGCGCGGAGGAAGAUAUUCCGCUACGCAAAAGAAUCCCACGCGUAACCAUGAGUCACUGGCGAUUCGAAGAUGGAGGCAUUGGAACUUUGAUGCAUUCGAUUGCGUUGCCAGGUAACAGAUACGAAGCAAACAUUGAUGUGCAGAUGGAUGGGUUGAAGCUCUCUUUAUUAGAACCAUACCGAGACACCUGCAUUCUGCGCGUGCGUUCCAUGGAGAAAGGCAAGCGUGACGAGGACAAAGAUUUCACAUUUGAGGGAAGCGAUUCCUACGGCACAGAGCUGAAGACAUUUAUAGAAGCCGUCCGAAGCAACGACCAAUCACUGAUAAAAAGCUCUUACGAGGACGCGGUUAAGACAUACGAACUAACCUGGGCGAUAAGGCUUAGUGGGGAGCGGAACCUAAGGACCUAAGGGGAGCUACAGGACACAAAAAAAGUCGAAACCGGGCAUCAAGGACUGCAAGCAUAUGAGAGAAUUGUGAAGAUUUUUUGCUGAUAUAAACAGAAAAUCUAGUGGAGCAGUUAUUCAUUAUAACGAUUCACGGGAAAAGAACGCAGACACCCUUUUAAUUGUGUAGUUACGUAAUGAAAUUGCCUGACAAGCAGAAAUACCAAAACUUGAAAUCAUUAAACGUAUAAUUAAACCCUCUGUUAG